CAAACUUCCACGUUCUCCACUUCUAUAUUAAAAAAACGAUAUAAAUUUGAAUUUAAACUUCUCCAACAUCAGGACACUGCAUAGUCUCUGGCUUUGAAGUUUAGUUUGUUUCCUCGGAUAAGAGUUCUUGUCUUAAAAUUAUGGCUGAUGAGUUGAAUGAAGGCGAGUUUCUGAAUGAGCUGUCUCGGAGACUAGCUCAUUCCACUAAGAGAAUACGGGCCAUUUACGACGGACAACUUGCGACAGAAAACAAUGAUCCAUGGAGACUGAACUACAAGGACACAGAUAGGAACAUCGUUACAUCGCCUGGAGGUGAUAUCAGUAAUCAUGUUUCACCACGUUACGAGGAAGCCGUGAACAGGAACAUCGAAGCCACUGAGCUUCUUUAUGCUGCAGCCGAGGAAGCGACUAGCCUCCAACGACGAAUUACCGGCACCGGUGUUUUCAGUAUUUGUGCUCUUCCACCGAAACCUAUCUCUAACCAACAGUUUAUGCAGCAACAGUCAACCAAAAAAAAGCAAAAGGGCUAUGUUGCAUCUGGUUUAUUACCAUCUGCUUGGCCGAAACAGAAAAAUUCUCACUUCCAUGAAGUAUCCGUGUCGGAUGGUUCAGAAAUAAGGGCUGUUUUUCUUGGUAAUCAAGUCACCAAUGGUGAACGUUCCGGUACUGGAGUUUUUUUGCCUCGCCAAGCUGGAAGUUGGAACAAACAUUCCCCUGAAAUAGUUCGCAAGAAGCCAGAUUAUACCUCUCACAUUUUUUAGUUCAGCAUUGCAAUGUGCACAGUUAUUUUUUUCCUGAAAUUUUUGUAAAAAAUUUAUAUUUUCAUGUACUCAUGCUUCUACGGAUAAAUCCUACAUACAUUUUAGGACCUCACAAUCUGAUGUGUCUGCAAACAAGAAUAUAAAAAGUUACAAGGUGUUAGAUGAACAACACCAAAAUAUAUGGUAUCGACAAUGUUUCAAGCCUUAAAAGUAUAACAUAUUUGUGCGUGGUUAGGUUUUAUGUAUUAAUUACUUGAGUUCAAUGUUUAAACUGAAAUCCGGAUU